GUGCGGUGAGAAGACAGUGUUAAAUAGUGGCUGCAGCGUCAGUUCUCCAGUUCAUUUCGUUGAAUUUCGGAUAUUGCUGAUUACCAGGAUAAAGGGAAUUCGAAAAAAAAACGUUAUUGGCGGUUCUUGGAUCACUCAUCACGAAUUUCAUGUUGCAGGGCCUCAAAACAGCUUUGCGGAUGUUUUUUACAUGAAUCAGUUCUCGACAAAACCGACAAGCAGUGGAACCCUUGUUUCGUUUUGUGCCAACAGAUUCUGGAAACAUGGCGUCUUACGCAAACUACUUUUUGGUACAAUUCAUUGGGGCAGUCUUUACCCUGAUCUGUGCUGUUUACAUAUAUCUGAAAUACGUGACCUACAAGUACUGGAGUUGGAAGAACAUUGAUUUCGUCAAACCUGUUGUCCCCUUUGGCAACUUAUGGCCGGUGCUUUCGGUUAGCACUUCAAUUGGUGAACUGUUUCGAGACAUAUAUUCGAAGUUUAAGAAAAGUCAGGUCGUUGGGGUUUACAUGUUUCACAAGCCGGCACUCGUGGUCAAUGAUCCUGAUGUCAUGCGCUUUGUACUGACAAAACAGUUCAUGAAUUUCCACGACCGGGGCGUGUAUUGCAAUGAAACAGUAGAUCCGUUGUCUGGUCAUCUGUUCACCAUUCCCGGUGCAAAGUGGAAGUACCUGAGGACCAAGUUCUCUCCGACGUUUACUUCGAGCAAGAUGAAGCAGAUGUUCUUCACGGUUCAGGAAUGCUCUGAAAAAAUGGUCGAAUACGUUGGUCCUCAAGCUGCGAAUCGUGAAGUGAUCGACGUGAAGGACCUCGUAGCAAGAUUCUUUACUGACGCAAUCGCAUCAAUUGCCUUUGGGAUUCAGUGCAACAGCAUCGAGAAUCCGGAUGCAGAGUUCCGGAGCUACGGUCGAAAGGUUUUGAAGCCGAGACCAUUGAUGAACGUGAUUAUGAUUUUAGCUCCCUCUUGGCUGAAACUGCUCAGAAUUGUCAGUAUUGACGCCGACGUGGAAAAAUUCUUCGUCAGUACGUUUAUCAAGACAGUAGAAUACAGAGCAGCCAACAACGUGGUUCGAAAAGACUUUCUGGACUUAAUAAUUCAGCUGAUGACCAAGGGUUACAUAGAAAGUGACGAUAAAAAAUGGACCCAACCGUCAGAGUUUGAUUGUCAGAAGAUCACACUGCUCGAAGGAGCCGCGCAGGCUUUCGCAUUCUGGUUAGCUGGCUUCGAGACGUCAUCUUCAACCGUCACCAAUUGCCUGUACGAGUUAGCACUGCAUCAGGACAUCCAGGAAAAAGUGGCCGAUGAGGCGAACCGAGUGCUGGCUAAAUUCGGGGGAAUGUCUUACAAUGGAAUCAAGGAGAUGCAUUAUCUCCAGAAAGUCGUGUCAGAAACCUUGCGGAAAUAUCCAGCUGCCACGAUUCUGAAUAGAGAAUGCACAGCGGAGAUCGAUCUGCCAGAAACUGGACUCCACGUUGAGAAAGGCACUGCGAUAAUCAUCCCCGUUUACGGAAUCCACCACGAUCCUGAAAUAUAUCCAAACCCAGAAAAGUUCGACCCUGAACGUUUCACCGAGGAGAACAUCGCCAGCAGACAUCCCUACACUUAUCUGCCAUUCGGCGAAGGUCCGAGGAACUGCAUAGGCAUGGGGUUCGGGUUAGUUCAGACGAAGGUCGCACUGGCCAGCCUACUUUCAAAAUAUCGUUUCACGUCGGAUUUGGAUCCCGAAGUACCGAUGGCAGCUGAUAAAGACAAUGUCGGGGUAGCGUGGACGGAUGGAAUGCCCCUUCGAAUCCAACACCGUUCUCGAGCGCAGUCAGAUUCGAUAAGGCGGCGUUCAAUAGUAACAGCAGCCAGAAUUCUUCAGUUCAUUUUCGCUUCAUUUCGGAUAACGUCGACAAGCAGUGAUACUUUGUUUUGUUUUGUGCCAGCUGAUGAAGGAAACAUGGCAGGUUUCUCAAACUACUUUGUGGUAGAAUUUAUAGGGGCAGUAUUUGCCCUCAUUUGUGCUGCUUACAUAUAUCUGAAAUAUGUGGCCUACAAGUACUGGAGUUGGAAGAACAUCGAUUUUGCCAAACCCGUUGUUCCCUUGGGAAACUUAUGGCCGGUGGUUUCAGUCAGCACUUCAAUUGGUGAACUGUUUCGAGACAUAUACUUGGAAUUUAGGAAAAGUCGGGUCGUUGGAGUUUACAUGUUUCACAAGCCUGCACUCGUGGUCAAUGAUCCUGAUGUCAUACGUUUCAUCCUGACAAAACAGUUCGCAAAUUUCCACGACCGUGGCGUGUAUUGCAAUGAGAAGGUAGAUCCGCUAUCUGGUCAUCUUUUCUCGAUCCCCGGUGCCAAGUGGAAGUUCCUGAGGACCAAGUUCUCUCCGACGUUCACAUCGAGCAAGAUGAAGCAGAUGUUCUUCACGGUUCAGGAAUGCUCCGAAAAGAUGGUGGAAUUCGUCAGUCCUCUAGCUAAGAACCGUGAACUGAUCGAGGUCAAGGACCUCGUGGCAAGAUUCUCCACUGAUGUAAUCGCGUCAGUGGCUUUUGGAGUCCAGUGUAACAGCAUCGAAAAUCCGAAUGCAGAGUUUCGAAGCUAUGGGCGAAAGGUUUUCAGGCCAAAACCAUGGAUAAACAUUGUCGGACUUCUGGCUCCAUCCUUGCUUAACGUGUUCAGCAUUAGCAGUGUCGAUGCCGAUGUGGAAAAGUUCUUCCUCAGUGCCUUUAUGGAGACAGUGGAGUACAGAACAGCUAACAAAGUUGCUCGGAAAGACUUCCUAGACUUGAUCAUUCAGUUGAUGAAUAAGGGUUACAUAGAAAAUGACGAUAAGAAAUUAUCUCAACUAUCAGAGUUUGAUAGUCAGAAAAUCACUGCACUUGAAGGAGCCGCGCAGGCUUUCGUAUUCUGGUUAGCUGGCUUCGAGACGUCAUCUUCAACCGUCACCAAUUGCCUGUACGAGUUGGCGCUACAUCAGGAUAUCCAGGACAAAGUGGCUGAAGAAGCGAACCGAGUACUUGGAGAAUUCGGGGGAAUGUCUUACAACGGAGUAAAGGAGAUGCGCUAUCUUUACAAAGUCGUAUCAGAAACUUUGAGGAAGUAUCCAGCUGUCCCGAUUCUGAACCGAGAAUGCACAGCGGAGAUCGAUCUGCCAGAAACUGGACUCCACGUUGAGAAAGGCACUGCGAUAAUCAUUCCCGUUUACGGACUCCACAACGAUCCCGAAAUAUAUCCAGACCCGGAAAAAUUCGACCCUGAACGUUUCACCGAGGAAAACAUCGCCGGCAGACAUCCGUACGCUUAUCUGCCAUUCGGCGAAGGGCCGAGGAACUGCAUCGGCAUGAGGUUUGGAUUAGUGCAAACGCAGGUUGCCCUCGCUAGUUUGCUUUCGAAAUACCGUUUCAUGCCAGGACCAGACUUCAAAGUUCCGAUGGUAUUGGACAGAGGCAAUGUAGGAGUCUCACCGGCAGGUGGAAUGACACUACGCAUCGAACUGCGAUGAUGUUAUCUCACAGUCUACUCUUGCCGAUGAUAAAACAAAAUUUAAAGAUAAAUGAUCAAGGGCUGAAUAUCGUCAAUGUUAUCGCUAGGAGUUACUAAUUAUUAUUAACUUUAUAUAACAAGAGCAUGUUUCACGCGGUUUUUCAUGCGUUUUUUCCGUACACAAGGUACUUGAUUUUAUGACAGUAGAGUGAGUUUGACUUGACCUGAUAGUUUUUGCAGAAGAAACCACUUUUAACUCUUAGCAUGCGCGGAGUACAGAAAAGAUCAUUUUUCACCCUUCAAUCAGAUAUUUUUUAAGUUAUUAUUUUGUCUUGAAUUUUGUAACUCUGGGGUUUUUGGGGUCGCUGAUCACGAAUCUGAAGUAAGAAUUUGUUGACCUGCGUCGUGUUUUUUGGAUAAGUCUUAGAUCUUCAAAAAAAGAUCGAAUUUGUCAUCUAAAUACUGCUUUUUUGAGUCAUGUAUGAGAAUGUCGAUGGAAUAAAUAACUACAGCUAA